CAUGGUGGACCGAUUGCAAUGUGACCAAUGAUUCUUCAAAAUUCCAAACUCUGCAGCAGUUAGAAUGUUAUCUUCCAGACUCUUAUUUCAUAGAAGCGGCCGAUCUACCAUACAAUGCUUUCAAAUCAAUGCCAAGACAAUGCAAAUUAUUCGAUUUCGUUUCCUUAACGGGACAAAUUUUCUCAACAGCAGGAGCUUUCCCGAUAAGUGGUUCUCGAAGGCUUCUAAUUCUGUUUAUGUCAAGAGCGAACGUUUGUUAAAAAAUUCUUACGAGAAAGUUGGCGGACUUUUUCAAGCGUUGGAUGAUCUUUUAGGGAUCUCCGAUGUACAAGAAGCUCAGACAAGUGUAAAAAAAGCUGAGAGUGAAUUCAUGUCCACCCGAGGCAAGGUGCAGUCCUCCAAAUCAAAACUGAACUCAGAACAGGAAAGGCUGAAAGACAUUCGCCGUAAGUUGGAUCGGAUUCCUCGGGACGAUGAACGUUAUCUAACUUUAGCGACAGAAGAACACAAGAUUCUGCUCGAGGAAAAAAAGUUAAAGAGUGAACAUGAAGAUUUGGAAGCACUGGAAAGAGACCAGUUUGCUCUCCUGUCAGGAGCUGUGAGGGAUUCCCACGAGAGAGAGAGGGCAAGAGUGGAAAGGACAAAACACUGGUCUGUGAUUGGCUCUAUUGGUGGUGCUGCACUUGGAAUCUUGGGCUCUACUCUAGUGAACUACAUCCGCUUGAAGCAAAUCAAGAACUCCAUCAAGGAGACUGGAAGCACAUUGAUAGGAAAGACAGAUGAGCUUGCUGAUCUGGUAAAAACUCAGGAAAAUCAAAUAGGGACACAAACAAAUGACUUAAAGGAAUCUUUAUCUACUCAAAGUAAAUUGUUUGAGCAAAAACUUGAAGAAUUAGCAGGUUUGUUAAACCUACUUACUCUAAAUUUAAUUUCCGAUCCCUUAAAGGACUUGGGAAUUCAUGUUCAACCAGCUGUGGAUCCUGAGCAUUUUAAAAAUGUACAAUCUCUCAUGAGUCAAAACCAAGGCAAUACUGAAGAGCUGAUGAAAAGUAUUGUAUCAAAAAUUGACUCAGUUAUUGAGGUCUUGAAAAUUGAUCAAUAUAAAAUGAAGGAUGAUUUGAAGACAUUGCAACAACACCUUGACAAUCUUGACAGUUCUGUAGUUCACUGUGAAAACAGAACUGUGGAGGAGCUAGAAAGACUUGGUAAGUCCAUUCAUGCUAAGCCUUUCCCUCUCAGCAACUCUGUGGAACCUUUAACACGUGUACCUGAAAAAUUUGCUGAAAAUGCACAGUGGUGGUCUAAGGCAAGUACGUUUACAUCACUAGUAUGUACUGCAUUGACAGCUUCUGCUCUUCUGUAUGAGUUGUUCAUUAAGUAAAUGAAUAGAAAUUUUAGAUUGUGGCUUAGUAAUAAAUGCAAGCUGAAAUGAGGAGUUAA